CCCCCCCACUCUUACACAACGAAUGGUUUUGCCCAUGGACUCGCUCCAGCACUCCUAGCACACAAAAGCACUACAAUAUACAGAUUUUUGUUGCCUGUCAGCCAACGUCUGUUUGUUGUUUAGUGGCGGUAACACGAAGCAGGCACUGUUAAAGUCUUGUAAACAGUCCAGUGACUGGAGGGCUUCUGCAAAGACUUCUCCAAACGGUGGCUGUGUCGUCCGGAUGAGAGCAGCAGAAGCUACACUGCCAGCGCUCGGAAUAAAUAAGGCAUUCCUACCCACUCCCCUCCCCCCCGUCCACCCCCUCCCCACCUUUCUCCUGCUGGGGAUGUAAAUAAGCUGGGGUUGUGCAGACCCUUGAGAAGUCCUCCCACUCCCGCUCUUCCCAACCACUGCUACCCCCUCUGACGUCCCUGCCCACUCACACUCUGCUGCUGCCGCCGCUGCUGUUUAUGCAGCUGAAAGGUGCCAGGGAGAUGCUCAGAUGAUCCAUUGGGUCGUUGUGAACCACUUCGUCCACACAGCCCUAGACAGGGAAGACUAACUAGUGUGAGUGUGAGAGAGUCCUUGGGGGUGCUGCGAGCACCCUGUGAGGCCCGCCCGCCUGCCAAGCCUGGCAGAAAGCUUGGCUUGUCCCUUUACUCCUCCAACCCCUGAGAUGCCCUCCCCUCCCAAUGAUGGAGAGGAUCAAGGAGCGUCCCCCGUGAACAGGCCAUCUGUGGGCUCCUACCAGAGCAGCGGGAAGAGGAAGGUGCACACCAAAAAGAAAAAAGGCACCAUUACCGCCAACGUCGCUGGCACAAAAUAUGAAAUUGUUCGUAUAGUCAUCAAUGAAAUGGACUUCAUCAAGACCAGAAUUAACCAUUUCCCUGGGAUGGGCGAAAUCUGCCGAAAAGACUGCCUAGCAAGAAACAUGGCCAAAAUGAUCAAGUGUCAGCCUCAAGAGUACAGCUUCAUACCCAAAACCUGGAUCUUCCCUGCUGAGUACACUCAGUUCCAGAACUACGUCAAAGAGCUACGCAGGAAACGCAAGCAGAAGACCUUUAUAGUCAAACCUGCCAACGGAGCCAUGGGUCACGGGAUCUCACUUAUCCGUAACUGUGAGAAGCUGCCAGCGCAGGAGCACUUUAUCGUUCAGGAGUACCUAGACAAGCCCUUCCUGAUGGAGGGCUACAAGUUCGACCUGCGGAUCUACAUCCUCGUCACUUCCUGCGACCCUCUCCGCAUUUUCCUUUACAACGACGGCCUCGUUCGUAUGGGCACAGAGAAGUACCAUGCACCCAGCGAAGCCAACCUGAGCCAGCUCUACAUGCAUCUGACCAACUACUCAGUCAACAAACACAACGAGAACUUUGAGCGAGAUGAGACGGUGGACAAAGGCAGCAAGAGGUCCAUCAGCUGGUUCACCGAGUUCCUCCGCACCAAUGACUAUGAUGUGGCCAAAUUCUGGGGCGACGUCUCUGAGCUGGUGGUGAAGACAUUAAUAGUAGCUGAGCCCCACGUGCUGCACGCCUACCGCAUGUGCCGCCCUGGCCAGCCACCGGGGAGUGACAGCGUCUGCUUCGAGGUCCUGGGCUUUGACAUCAUUCUGGACCGCAAACUCAAACCCUGGCUACUGGAGAAAGAGCGGCUGGCACAGGUUCGCAAGCAGAUUUCAAGGGAGGAGCAUGAAAAGCAACAUCUGGGGAACUACAGACGUAUUUACCCCCCAGACGACAAGCUGCUGUUGGAAAAGUAUGAAAGCCUGCUCUCGGCCGCCUUUCAGACCUUCCUCGCCGGGCGAGCUGCCUCACUUCAAAAGGAAAUGAAUAAUCCUCUGAAACGAAUGAAGGAAGAGGACAUCCUGGAUCUGCUGGAACAGUGCGAGUUGGACGACGAGAAGCUGAUGGGCAAAUCCUCCAGGCAAAGAGGCCCUAAGCCUCUGACCGGCAUGCCUGAAUGCAGUCAGACUCCAAGACGUCAGCGACCAGACUACCUGGCCGACUUCACCAGCGGCAGCAGCGCCGAUAACUCCUGCUCCUCUUCAGACGAAGAUGAGGAGGAGGAGAGGAGGAAGGCGGGAGGAAGAAGAAGUGGAGAGAAGCGAGGGGAAAAGAAAGUUUCCUACGACCUUGGCGAGAGCAAGGAGAAGAACUUGGCUGAGCGCUCAGGCCGCAUGCACUGGAAACCUCCAAUCAAGUCGCUCAAAACGAGCACUGCCCCGUCCGCGUCACCGUCGCUUUCCGGCCCAAUCCGGCGCUCCAUCUCGUGCCCUCGUUCCAUCGCCUCCCUGUCGUCGCCAAACGAAGUGCGGGCAUUGUCCACCAGGCCUUCCCCUACGGUUCCCGUGGCCACACCCCUCGUCAGGCCGAGCUCCGCCACGCUUCGCUCGCAUUCGCUGAGCCGCAGCGGCUCCGCUCACCGGGUGCCUCACAGCAACAGCCUGGGGACCAUCCACUCCAAUAUAGGCGAUCCGUUGAUAAAUCUGAGGAGUAAAGAGCAGGAGGCGGAGCUGGUGCGUCAGACGCUGGCAGUGCUCACCGCCAUGAGGAUUAGGUUUCCGGGCAAAACUGAAGAGGAGGCCGAGGGUGUGCUGGACGAGGUGCUGGACAUUGUACGUACCAAUGUGCGCUCAGUGCUGCAGCGGAUCUGGAAGGAGCCAGACGUAGAGAGCCUUCACCUCUACCGGCUUUUUAAUCGCGUCUUCAACAGGCUGCUCUGGAGCCACGGCCAGGGCAUGUGGAACUGCUUCUCCAACACCGGUUCGUCUUGGGAGACCAUCUUCAGCAAGAGCAGCGAGGUGGUGUCGCCCCAGGAGCUGCAGUGCUGUCGCAGGCUGGUCCAGCUGUGCCGAGACUGCCUGUUGGUCGUCUACAAGUUUGUCUCCGAGUCUCGCGGUUCUUUGACCGGACUCAGCCCGGAGUGGGAUGACACCAGCUUCCCAUUUGCUGCUGGACCAACCUCUACCCAUGGCUCCACUCCUGCUGCUGUCGCUGCCGCUUCCUCCUCCUCCUCCUCCGUCUCUUCGCCCCUCGAUGCAGGUACUGGAACGCUGUUAGCAGGAGCUGCCUCACUGCUCUGUCUCGGUGGAAGGUGUCAUAGAAAANGUCUGUCCAGGUAUCUGCUGCCAGUGACCUCCCAGUUCAUCAUGAAGUGGCCUUCGUCCAGCUUUGGCAGCAUCUCCUCAGCCGUGCCACGCUCCCGUAACCUUUUUGCCGCCAGGAUGGGCCACUUCUGAGGUCACCGUGGCAACCCUGGCCUUUUGACCUCCCCUCUCCUCCCCAACCUCGCCUCCCUUGACUUUUUUAGCCAAGCACAGAUCUUAGGUGUCCUGGUAUAGAUCUGAAUUUGGUGCUGCUCUGGACCCCAGGAUGGGGCCUCGUUUUGGCCCAGUCUCCUUGUGGAAGAUCAACAAAGCAAGGCUGGAUGAUUUGGGAUCGCUAAAGGGAGCUGCUCACUCUGCUCAGCAGACCACCAUCACCCUCGGUCCCCUCCCUCUAGCCCCUCGAAUGCCAGGCGAUGGGCUCGUUUCUCAUUGUAACUGCUGUAUUAUACUCACUGUACAGUUACAAGUCAUGGUACUGUAAAAGAAAAGAAUAACAAACACUAAAACAAUGCAAGGAUGAUUUAUUUAUGUACUUAUUUAUUUUCUAAGGUUUUUCCAUGACUGCAGUGAAUGCUGAUGCAUAAUGCACAUGGACUAACAAAGCUGUCCAUCAUUUAAAUUAAAAAAAAAGUGGAUGUACAAAUCUUAUUUUUGCCGACUAUAAUCAGUUAUUUUGUUUCCAUUUUCUGAAAUGUUGAAAUGUUAUUUAUUUCGUAACUUAUAAGAGAGGCUUUAUGUUAACAACGGUCACUUUAUGUUCUCGCUUUUGGAGGUUUUUUGCAGACGUGGUGCCCGGAGGACCUGAAAACAGGUCGCCUUUUGAAUGCUAACGCUUCAUGUUUUCCCUGUGUGAUGUUAUUAAGUGCGGCACUAUUGAGCAACACCACGGUUAGAAUGUCAGUGUAGUAAAGCCAAGCCUGUUUGCCUCUUUAGAGAAUGAGACGACUUUAAUGCCACAGCAUCAAGAGCCAAACCUCUCAGAGAGCGCACACAGUUCCUAAUAUGCACUUUGCAGUUUGUAACAGAGAGAGAAAAGUGGCUGCACAUUAGUAGUGCUUGCAUGCCUAGACUUUAGUCCCUUUAGACUCUGAUGUAGUGGUUAGACAAAGGAGCUGCGUUUGGAAUAUACUUGAAGUUCUGCGUUGACAUUAAUUAUUCUCAUCUUCUUUGUGUUUGGCUGCACUGAAAAGAAGACACUUCACUUUUAUAUUUGUCGUCUCGAGUUUGGAUGCGUCAGGGAUGACGAGGAUCUGUUGCACGAUUUAGAGAUUGUUCGACACGCUGAAUUACUUGGCUGAUCAGUUCAAAUGUAUUGUACUGUAACAGCAGAGAUUUGACUGGGAUGAGCAGCUACAGCCCCCCCCCAACACCCACCACCGCACUGUAGUUAAGUGCUCGGGCUUCACAGAUGUGCCAAUAAUACGCACGUCUGCAUCAUGUGUUGGUUGACUUUUAUUUAAGGUUAAUGUGUCAUGAACUACUGUAGGCCUUCGG